CCUUCGAUUCGAUGACUAUAAUUCAGUGGAUUUAUUUCUAAUUCACUUUCAUCAUUCUUAUUACAUUCAGUGCUCAACAUUACGGAUUAGAUACAGCUAGUAACUUGUUAUAUAACAAAAUUGCGUAUCGGGAAUAAUUUAAAAUAUUUAUUUAUUACUUAUGUUUACUUUCAAUUUGUGAUAUUUAUCAGUGUGAUAAGAAUGUAGACAUACAGUUAUCGUUCAAUGUAGGGCAAAAUAUCUCCUUAAAGUGAAAAGAUGUAUCGUUUUUACUGUUUCUGAAGUACUGUAGGAGUUGAAGGCGCCAAGAUGCACAUGUGGAUGUGGUUCGGCUAUGACGUCGGCGAUCUGCUGUUCGCUGGGCUCACCAUCAACACGAGAUGGAGCUUUGCUCUCACAUGGAUCGUGCUGUUCUUCGUCGCGCUGCUAUUUGAGGCGUCCAAGGUAUAUUUAGCGAGGGUGCAGCGGGAAGCCCACAAGAAGCUGUUCCCUUACAGAUCGGAUGAGAGAAGAAACUUGCUAUGUGAACGGGAACAAGGUAACCCUAUGGAGCCGACGACGAGCAGAAACACGAGCACGGGACAGGUCAGCCGCUGGUCUUCAUUCCAAGUGAGGACGCUAGUGAACUUGCACCAGACCACAGUGUUCCUGGUGCACAAUAUAGUGGGCUACCUGCUCAUGCUGGUGGUCAUGGUGUACAACGUGCAUCUCAUGCUCGCUGUCGUAUUUGGCAUGAUGCUGGGUUAUUUCCUUUUCGGGACCAAGUUGACUCUUCUACAGAUGCAAUGUUUCGGCACCAAGCGGAUGGUCAUUUGUACUCCGGAGUGUGAUGAUACAGCGGAGAGCUCCACCCCGCCGCUUCUAACGUCCACACACAGCACGGAGUCGGACAUUUUCAUUUGCCAAACGCGCACCUGCAUACAGCCCUCACACUACUUCCCCGCGAGCACGUCCACGGAACAAAACCCCACGUGCUAUUAUGGCGCCAAAAGAUGCCCGUCAAAAGUGGCCAGAGCGAAAAAAUCACAAGCGUCAACUUCGCACUGUCGUCACGAAAAUGAAAAAGAAGACAGCCCUGGCGUGGAAGACGCGCAGCUUCUCAGAACUGAACGCCAGGGCUGCUGCAAAAAGAAACAAGAGACGCCGCCAGAAGAGAAAUGUUGCAAGUCUAGUCAAGAUACAAAAGUUGUUGUUCAUGAGAGAAAUGAUGAGGACGGUUCGGAAAGUGCAGUUCUGAGAGAGGAUAGUCCUCAAAUCACGUGCUGCCAUAAUGUUAAACCAACCGCCAGUGAGAGUCAAGAAGAAAUUAUGAAAGUGUGAUCAUUUUCACCAUGUGAUGCAUUGUUGUAUAUUUAAUUGAAUCGAAUUUAGUAUGUUUAUUGUUAAUAAUAAAAAGACUUGUGUGUGGACUCUAUGGUCGCUCAUGUGUAGUGUAAAAACCAAUAUUGGUGCUUAUAAAAAAAUAGAUUAUUUAUUUAAUUUUGUUUCACUCUUGUUUUGUGCCAAAUAUUUUUUAUCUCUAUUCGAAAUACGUAAUUAUAGGAUAGUUAUUGAAUACUAAAUUUAUUUUUUCAUAAGAA